GUCUCAUCUCGACCUCCAUCGAGUAUUAUUUACACAGUUAUCAGUCUUAUGGUAGGACUGCUCAAUGGUUUGAUUUCUGCCGCAGAAAACAUGUUAGAGGAAGAGAGAGUCAAGUAUGACAGUGGGAGGAAAUUUCUUGCACGUUUGAUAGGACAAAAUUUAUCAACAUUCAACCAGGAAGGCAUUGAUGAAGCUAUUCGUUAUCUCUUUCCAUCAAGUCUUGCAUCCAGAAAGGCUCACCCUAAGCUUAAGUCCCCGGAAGAGGUUUAUCCAGAAAAGAAAAGAAUUCAAUUUGACAAAACUGGUAGACCGUUCCAUGAUCUUUACUACACUGGAAGGCCGGCGUAUUACGAGGUUAUGCAUAAAGCAACUGCCCUACUUGAAGAGUUGAAUGGCAAAUUCGAUCGUGGCUACAUUUAUCGCGAUUAUACAGCUUUCAAGAAUCCAAAGCCAUUAGUCGUCGCAGCUAGUGAGUGGCUUACAAAAGAACAGCUACGUCGCAAGUUGCUGGAACCCGUCUCGGACACCAUGUAUGAGGAUUGGAUGAGACUGAUGAACGCUCUUCUAAAGCACCCGUUAUCUUGGCAUGCUGAGGACUUCAUCCAUUCUUUCCGUGCGGCCAUUCAAGAAGCUACCUAUAAGGAUGUUUUCCCCGAGCCCCAACUUGAUCCUGAAAAGCAUUCGCGAUACGUUGUCACCUACGGUCAGAAGAAACACGCCUUUGUGGAGCUAAGGAUGACCCAUCCGGGCGUGGGGCGGUUCACUAUUAAUGACAAACAACUUCUGGAAUACUUCCCUCACCUUGGUGAUCGCGAGCAAAUCAUGUUUCCAUUACAGUACACCGACAUGCUAGGAGCAGUGGAUGUGGUGACGCGAGUAGCCUCCGACACUGAGACGGGUCAUAGUUCCAAGGCAAACGCACUGCGAUUGGCCUUAGCGCGAGCACUGGCCUGCUUCCUUCCCGGCGACUCGGGCCAAAAUCGGCUGCGUGCAGCAGGUCUGUUGACUCAAGAUGACCGUUUCAGUGAACGGAAGAAACCCGGGCAGAAGAAGGCACGAAAGAAGCCAAUUUGGUGA